AUGUCAAAGGCAGUUGGUAUUGAUUUAGGUACAACAUACUCAUGUGUUGCACAUUUCCAAAACGAUAGGGUUGAAAUUAUUGCUAAUGAUCAAGGUAAUAGAACAACGCCUUCUUAUGUUGCAUUCACUGAUACAGAAAGAUUGAUUGGUGAUGCUGCUAAGAAUCAAGCAGCAAUGAACCCAACUAACACAGUGUUCGAUGCUAAGAGAUUGAUUGGUAGAAAGUUUAGUGAUGCUGAAGUGCAGCAUGAUAUAACUCACUACCCAUUCAAGAUAGUCGAUAAGGGAGGUAAGCCAAAUAUCCAGGUUGAAUUCAAGGGUGAGACUAAAGUGUUUACUCCUGAGGAAAUUUCUUCUAUGGUUUUGCUUAAAAUGAGAGAGACAGCAGAGGGUUUCUUGGGUGGAACUGUUAAGGAUGCUGUUGUCACUGUUCCCGCUUAUUUUAACGAUUCUCAAAGACAAGCUACUAAAGAUGCUGGUUUGAUCGCUGGUUUGAAUGUCAUGAGAAUAAUUAACGAGCCAACGGCAGCUGCAAUUGCUUACGGUUUAGACAAAAAGAGUCAACUGACUGGUGAACAAAAUGUGUUGAUUUUUGAUUUAGGUGGUGGUACCUUCGAUGUGUCUUUACUUGCCAUUGAUGAAGGUAUUUUCGAAGUCAAAGCUACCGCUGGUGACACUCACUUGGGUGGUGAAGAUUUCGAUAGUAGAUUAGUGAAUCACUUCAUCACCGAGUUCAAGAGAAAGAACAAGAAGGACUUAUCAGGUAACCAAAGAGCUUUGAGAAGAUUGAGAACUGCUUGUGAAAGAGCUAAGAGAUCUUUAUCUUCAUCUGCUCAGACUUCUGUUGAAAUUGACUCUUUGUUCGAAGGUAUUGAUUUCUACACUUCAAUUACAAGAGCCAGAUUCGAGGAGUUAUGUGCUGACUUAUUCAGAUCAACUAUGGACCCUGUUGAGAAGGUUUUGAAAGAUUCCAAGAUCGACAAGUCACAAGUUAAUGAAAUAGUCUUGGUAGGUGGAUCUACUAGAAUUCCAAAGAUCCAAAAAUUGGUUUCAGAUUUCUUUAAUGGUAAGGAACCAAACAAGUCUAUCAACCCUGAUGAAGCUGUUGCUUAUGGUGCCGCAGUGCAAGCAGCCAUCUUAUCUGGUGAUACCUCAUCAAAGACACAAGACUUAUUAUUGUUAGAUGUUGCUCCAUUGUCGUUAGGUAUUGAAACGGCAGGUGGUGUCAUGACCAAGUUGAUUCCAAGAAAUGCAACCAUUCCCACGAAGAAGUCAGAAACAUUUUCCACUUAUGCUGAUAACCAGCCAGGUGUUUUGAUUCAAGUCUUCGAAGGUGAAAGAGCUAGAACAAAGGACAACAAUUUGUUGGGUAAGUUCGAAUUAUCUGGUAUCCCACCUGCUCCAAGAGGUGUUCCGCAGAUUGAAGUUACUUUCGAUGUUGAUGCUAAUGGUAUCUUGAAUGUAUCGGCUCUUGAAAAGGGAACUGGUAAGACUCAAAAGAUUACAAUUACAAACGAUAAAGGUAGAUUAUCUAAAGAAGAAAUUGAAAGAAUGGUCAGUGAGGCUGAAAAAUACAAGGACGAAGAUGAGAAGGAAGCUGCUAGAAUUCAAGCUAAGAACACUUUGGAAUCUUACGCUUAUUCAUUGAAAAAUACCAUCAAUGACGGUGAAAUGAAAGAUAAGAUCAAUGAAGAAGACAAAGAAAAAUUGUCUAAGGCUAUCGAAGAGACCAUAUCUUGGUUAGAUGAAUCACAAGCCGCAACUACUGACGAGUACAAUGACAAACAUAAGGAGUUAGAGUCAGUUGCAAAUCCAAUAAUUUCAGGUGCAUAUGGUGCUGGUGGUGCUGGUGCUCCUCCUCCAGGUGCUGGUGGAUUCCCAGGUGGUGCUCCAGGUGGUGCUCCAGGCGGCGGUGCUCCAGGUGGUGAUGCAGGUCCUACUGUCGAAGAAGUUGAUUAA